GGGCCCCAGUCUUUCCCUUCAUUUCACCGGAACGCUGUCGGACAUUGUUGUUGUCAUGAAACAGCAUCAUAGUGUAUGUUUACUCCAAAGAAUAACGAGCCGGCGAAUAUCGUUGGAAUUCAAUCCGUAUUGUCUCUAAAUCGACUACCGAGAUAUGUCUGUGAAACGGGUGAUAUAUGUAAUGAAUGGGGAAGUGGCGAGGCGUUACUUUACUUUAACAAGUUAACCGUAAUCUGGUUACGGGGUUGGCUGAGUCAGCUUGAUCGUAAGGAAACUGGCACCGUGUGAUCAGAUGGACACGGACAUGUUGGGGAAUAACGAUCUGUACUCACACAAGUAGGACCUAAUAUUUGUUUUCAAUGUGGAAUUCUAUUUUUGCUUGUUGAGUAUUCAGAUAACCUAUUUGAUCGUAUAUUUAGGCGAACAUAUUAGUUAAUCAAAAUAUCUUCCAAAAACAAUUUAACUAUAAUUAGAAUAGAUAUAUUUUUCAGAAAAUAACCUAAUAUUCUCGAAACAAUCAUGUCAGACUAUACACCGAGGUCUCUGCCUUUUUGUCAGCGGCUGAGUUACGCUGUGGGACACUUUCUGAACGAUCUGUGUGCGUCUAUGUGGUUCACCUACCUGUUGGUGUACUACCACUCCGUGCUGGGCUUUCAGAACACCUAUGCAGGUGUGUUACUGCUGGUGGGGCAGAUAGCGGACGGGGUCUGCACACCCCUUAUCGGCUACGAGUCGGACCGGACCCCGGGGUGUGGGACAUACGGCAAGAGGAAGACAUGGCAUUUAGUGGGUACGGUCAGUGUGCUGAUGUCCUUUGCGUUCAUCUUUAAUCAGUGUCUGGGGUGUGACCAGUACACCUCUCAGUGGGUCAGCCUGACGUACUUCAUCCCAUUCAUCAUCAUCUUCCAGUUCGGCUGGGCUGCCACGCAGAUCUCACACCUGUCACUCAUCCCUGAGCUGGUGUCCUGCGAACACGCCAAGGUGGAGCUCACUGCUUACAGGUAUGCGUUUACAGUGAUGGCCAAUAUAACAGUGUACGCUGUGGCCUAUCUGCUGUUCCACUUCCAAACUGGAUCAGACGAGGACCCCUCUCUCACCGAGACCCUGGGGCCCAUAGAUAUCCCUAUAUUCAGGAACCUGAGCCUCAUCGUGCUGGGUAUCGGUGCUCUUUUCUCUGUCCUCUUUCACCUGGGCACACGGGAAGAGAAGGGGGGAGCAGGGGAAGAGAAGAGAGAAGAGGAGGAGGAUGAAGAAGAAGAGAGAGGAGAGCGCCGGCCCCUUAUCCCUCGCCCUCAGGCUGCCGCCCCCGUCCAGUCGCUGCUGAGGUGGAAAUGCUGGCUGCAACAGCCUUCCUUUUACCAGGUAGCGUUUCUCUACAUGUCCACCAGACUGAUAGUGAACGUGUCUCAGACCUACAUCUCCAUGUAUCUUACCAACACUCUCAUGUUGCCAAAGAAAUACAUUGCCACUAUUCCCCUGGUGAUGUACGUCAGUGGCUUCGCUUCCUCUUUCAUCAUGAAGCCUAUCAGCAAACUCAUCGGCAAAUGUAUGACCUACUUUGUGGGCCUGCUGCUGAUCAUGGCCUUCUCUUAUUGGGUGUUGAUAGACGACCAGAUGGGUGACCGGAUCUACGGGGCGUCCGUCCUUCUAGGGGUGGGGUCAGCUACCAUCCUGGUGAUGUCACUCUCCAUGACCGCUGACCUCAUCGGGGACCAGACGCAAAGUGGAGCGUUUGUUUAUGGGGCGAUGAGCUUCACUGACAAGGUGGCCAACGGAGUAGCUGUUAUGAUGAUACAGACUCUACACCCCUGCCAUUCUCAGGUCUGCUGUCCAGCGUGUGUGUGGUACUACCACUAUGUCAUGGUCAUAGCAACAGGGGGCGUGGCCGUCAUAGCAGCUCUCAGUCUCUGUACCAUCCUUGUAUGGCCUAUCAGGAUCGUCCACCAGACCGACGUGAAGAACAUAGACAAUCCUAACUACGAUUGGGUGGUUUCAGUGGGGCGGGGCCAGGACUCUGGCAAGAAGAACCAACACAAGGAGAACAUAGACAACCCUAACUACACUCAGGAAGCGGGGCAGGGUGAUUGUGCCAGUGUUAGGGGUUAGGGCUGGGCCUUAUAACAUUUACUAAACAAAUCAAAAUCAAAUCAAGUGAAUAUCAAAUUUCAAAUCAAAUCUAAGUUUAUUUGUCACGUGCGCCGCCAAAUACAACAGGUUUAGACCUCACAGUGAAAUGCUGACUUACAGACUCUAACCAAUAGUGC